AUGUCUCGUCUUCAAAUCCCAUUGAGAAGGAGGAAAACCUCACGGAGUAUCCCAUGGCUUCGGCUCAGGGACCGCGACCACCAUACCCUGCAAUUCCUGCGACAGAACAACCUGGCACCCGAGCCUCGCGUGCUUGUUCAUCUCCCGAUUCCUAGAAUUCUUCCUCAGCACGUACUGCUCGUCGUACGAAGGCGGAGGCAGCUUGUCCAGCCACUCCUGGGCGAUGUGGACCUCACACUCGGCCGAGCAGGCGUCGAUCUCCUCGAGCCUGUGCGAGGCAGGAUCUAUCAGGCCCUUGUUGGUCAGCGCCUUCAGAAGGGUUUGGCCCGAGAGCCCCACCACCUCCUUCCGGUUGCCGUCCGGGUCGAUCGCCAGCAGCUUCACGAUUCGAUCGGCGACCUUCGCCGACCGGGACGACGGCGCGACGGAGGCGCAGUAGCGGGCGACCACGGCGCGCGAGGAGAGGGAGAGCGAGGGUGUUUUGGUAAUUUGGGAGGCGAGCUUCUGGAGCGUGAAGAUCCCCAUUUUUGCUUUCGAGGGUUUGGAGUGGAGCUUUUCAGAUCAGAUGUAAAUUGCUCCACUGGUUUUGAUGCUGUACUUCAAUUUUCGGAAUAUGUCAUGAGAACCCCAAACUAUGAGAGAGAUUCUGUUUUAGCCCCAAAAAUUAUAUUAUUUACAAAAUGCCCGUGGAAUGACACGUACAAUUAUUACAAGCUUGACUCGAGUUCGACUUGGUAA